UUGUGUAUCCUCAGUGUUUUUCUCUCUUGAGUGUUUUAUUGAGUGUAAACAGAGUCUUGUCUCUGUGUAUUUAAGUGCUAAUGAUGAGAUGGAUGUGAUGUGCUGUAAAUCAGGAACUGAUCAGGGCUUACAGGAUGAGGAAUCUACUGAUCAAACCUCCACAGAGUCUCUGGAUUCUGUCUGGAACGCUGGAGAACAGCAGCAGAUCCUGCAGACCAAACUCAAGAUGUGUUCAGUCAAACUCAUAGACUUCAGGAACCUCAUGAUGAAGAUCAAAACUGAACCCACAGAAAUAAAAACUGAACCCACAGAAAUAAAAACUGAACCUACAGCAGAUGAAGAUCACACUGGUGAAGAUGAGGAUUUUAUUCUGUCAGAUGUGAAGAGUGAAUUAUGUGUGGAUGGAGAAAUAACGUCCUCGAAUCUUUCCUGCAUCACCGGUGGAGAGACAUUGAGCUCACAGAGACAUUUAGAGGAACUUCAUUCAGAUGACCACAGAGGGAAGAAGAAGAAGAGGCAGUUUCACUGUGACCAGUGUGGGAAGGAUCUUUUUACAACAACAUCUAAUAUAAACGCCCACAUUAAGACACACAGUGAAGUAAAGCCUUUCUCCUGCACUGAAUGUGGUAAAUAUUUCAGCACCAAACAAAAUAUUGAUGUUCAUCAGAGAGUUCACACAGGAGAAAAACCAUACGAGUGUCCUCACUGUGAGAAGAGAUUCAAACACAAACAUAAUCUGAAGAAACAUGUGCUUAUACACACCAAUGAGAGACCGUAUCAGUGCAGUGAAUGUGACAAAACCUUUAGGGAUGCAAGUACAUUAAAAUCACACCAGAAAAUUCACUCUGAAAAGAAAUGCUAUCAAUGUUCACAUUGUGAUAAACGUUACUGUUUUAAAUAUCAGCUGAUAGUUCAUGAGAGAGUUCACACUGGAGAGAAACUUCAUCGCUGCAGUGUUUGUGGGAUGAGUUUCAGUCAACAUUACAGUUUAUUGUCACAUCAGAGAAUUCAUACAGGUGAAAAACCUUACAAAUGCUCUCAGUGUGAGAAGACGUUUGUUCGAUUAGAUGGCCUGAGAACUCAUCAGAGGGUUCACACUGGAGAGAAACCUUACGUCUGCUCGAUCUGUGGAGAGAGAUUUGCUUUUUUUAGAAGUCUACAGCAUCAUCAGAAGAAACAUACUGAAGAACAAACUACACUGAAAUCAUCUGACCAUGUAUAGCUGAUUCAGCGCGAAUUCUCAACGUGAUAAUGUGCUAGAACAGAAACAAUUAAUUUUUAUAAAUGACUUCACAUUGAACUUGUAAAGUAAUUUUUCGACUACUGUGUUGAUUUUCCCUUCUUUCACCCGGGUCGACCAAUGAGAUAUGAGAUUAUCCUUGCUGCCGACUUAAAUGCAAUAUAAAUCGUGAUGGAUAAAAGCAUCUGCUUAAAUAUAAUAAAAAAACUAAAUGUUUCAUUUGAUAGAUCUGAAUAGAAACAUACAUUUGUGUUCAAUUUAAUUUAUUACAUUAUUAAUGAUGUUUUAUUCUUAUAUUUGUUAUUAUUUUAAUAAUAUUCAUUUCAUUAAAUUUAGUUAUUCUAUUCUACAUUAUUUUUCUUAAUAAAUCUUAUGUUGGUGCUGUAUUGUCUUUUAAUUCACCAAUGGUCUCCAUUUCAAGGAUUUAAUUGAUGUCCUGAGAAUGUUGUGAAACAGUAAAUGUCCACUGUCAGUGUUUGGUAUAAUAACACCUCCUAAAUCUGCUUUUAGAAGUUAAUCUGACAAUCAUUGACAAGAAAACUAAGAUUAUUUUAUACAUCACAUUACUUCAUCUGCUACCAGAUGUUUUCUCUUUAUCUCUAUAUCUGCUUCAUGGUUGAUUUGAAGUAUUAACUCUUGAUAAUUGAGUACAGAUUGAGUGAAUCACUGAUGGGGGAGAGAGAUCAAGUGAAACUGGGCUGUUAAAUAGAUAAACUUUAUGAAGUUCUUAUUUGAAAGCUGACAUUUCAGGGUUUUAUUGUUCAGUGUAUUGUCUAUUGUUUUGUGGCACAGACAGACGGGUUAUUCUUUUGUCUUUAUUAUAAUUACUGAAAUUCUAUUCAGUGUAUUAAUCCCUCUAUUUUUAUUUUUGCUCAAACAUCUCACUUAAUAACUUUGAUUUUGUGUCAAAUGCCUAUUACUUUUUCUCCUGCUAAAAGUACCCAAAAAGUUCGGUAACACUUUAUUUUACGACCCGCAAAGUACCGCGUAAUUAAACCGAAUUUACAGCGUACCUAUUUGUAACAACAGAGUACCUCUACAGUACGUACUUGUAGUUAUAAGGGAAUAAUAUUUUAAGUUUGGGGUAAUAAGGGGGUAAGAAUAUAUGGAAAAUUAUUCUCUAAGUAUUUCAUAACUACAGGGUACCUAUUGUAAUAUUACGUGGUAUGUAUGACUUAGUCUAUGGGUAAUAUGGUCUAUGUGUAAUAUGUUUUUUUUUUCAUAUUUGCUACUUACCUGAUGAAGUGU